AGUCCGCUGCCACGGUGGACUCGUUAUCGGAAUCGUUGCGGGAGGAGGGUAUAAGGCCGAGAGGUCAGAGGCCCGGUUCUGAGAUCCGUCGUUUGCAGGUUGAUUCUUUAGCCGCGAAAUUAUCACGGGAAGAAGUGUUUCGCGAGAGCGAGGAAACACCCAACUUCCGGAACUUUAGUGGCUUGUAACUUCUGUGUACACAGUUUGGCCUGAUUUGUUCCACGUGUAAUCAGUGUAGCCGUGUGCAGUACUAAAACCCUAUGCAAUAAAACAGUGAUAACUUUAGCGUAAGACGCAUCUGUGUGAUAAACAAAGACGUAAGAAAGUAUAAUAAAGGAGGAAAAAAUAAAAAUUGGUAAAUGGCCACAGAUGCGCCGCCGGUCCUUCUACCAUGCUCAAUCUGCUCGCGGACGUUCAAGCCGCAAUCAUUGGAAAAGCACACAAAGAUCUGCGAGCGAGCAGCCGCCAAAAAAAGAAAACCCUUCGACUCUGCCAAACAGCGUAUCCAGGGCACCGAUCUAGCCGAGUUUCUGCCUAAGCAGGGAAAACGGCGGCCCAUCCACGAGGACAAAUCUUCCAAGCCCAAGACCACCUGGAAACAGACGCACGAUGAAUUUCUGCGUGCCAUACGAGCUGCCCGUGGCGAAGCCGAUGACGUAUCGGCACCGCGGCAGGUGGCCGCUGUCGCCCCUACGACGGCUCCAACUCGUGCCAACGAGAAGGGUACAUGUCCCACGUGCAAUCGGCAAUUCGGCAUCAAAGCCUACGACCGGCACGUGGCUUGGUGCAAAGAACGUGCAACUCGUCUUCCGGUAAGCCCAGCGACAAACAUUGCGAAGGAGCGUCUAGAAGCUCGGAUAAACUACCGAGCACCGACACUGAGAAACCGCCGGUUGACCAACCGAGAGAAGUAUUCCCCUGGUUCGACAGUGAACAUAUCUACGGCAAGCAAAAUGUCACCACCGGGAUCAAAGCCUAAGGAAAGCGCAUCUGUACCCAGCUGCGCUAAAGCUAGCGACAGUCUUGUGAAAUCGAAGCCAGCAGCCGCCAGACGUUUGGGGCAUACCAAAGAAAUACCGAAUAUACCUGGGCCCAUGAAAUCACGCUUGGUGGAUCGGACUAACAGGAGUGAACUGUCGUUUCGAGUCGUCCGCCGUAGUUAUUCAAGAAGUCCACCAAACUUUAAUCUCAUGCUUAGACGUAGAAUCGGAGCCAACCAGGACUACGACCCGUUCGUGACUGCUGAAAGGCAAAUCAACGAGUUGUUCGCGGAUACUAAUGAUCAGUUCCUGACGGAGGGUCUGCCGCUGGAGGGCAAUCGCUCUCCACCCAGUGAUACAAAAGUCACGCAAUUCCCGCUUUCGCAUUCCUCAGCUUUUGUCAAAUAUCCCUCUUCACCGCGGGCUAAUAAACGCGCUUCCGUUAUCGCGCCACCGUCAGAAUUUGACGAUUUUAUAUCUGACUUCUCUAGCGACUCGACCGAGACGAAUUCCACGACUCAGGAUUUUUUUAUAAACAAUUUGCAGAUGCAAACGCGGGACGCAAACGACUUCGACAAACUGACAGAGGACUGUACCAGACGCGUGGUUAUCGACAAGUCAAAGGUUGCGUUAGACGAAGAUGUUAACGCGAACUCUUGUCGUGGCAAGACGUUUGUUAGCUCGAUAGAAAGGUCACGUAAAAUUCUUGAAAAGGUUUCGCCGAAAGUUGUUCGGCCUGCCAUGAACAGGUCGCAUUCAGUUCGCUCUACAAGGGCUACAUCGGCACCUAGAGCACCGGAGCGCAAGAGUUCACUUAAGAAAUCGAUAUCACAUACGAAUGAUUACUCGGGUGUUUCAAACGCGUCGAAUAACAAUGGCUACGGGGCUUUGUCCGGGAGUAAUUUGAGCCUUAGUUCAAUGCUGUCCUCGGAGGCAGACAUAAAAAGAUCAAAUUCGGUGUUCGACGAACUCUUGAGCUCCUUCGAAGACGACGGCUCUUCCUUUCCGUCCCUGAAAUCCUUCCUAAAGAGUGAUUCCGUCUCUACCUCAAUGUCCAGCCAGGUUCCGGAUAGCAGGCUGCGCAACGGGAUGAUCAGCGACGAGGAAUUAUCAUCGCCGGAUAGCUACAAACGCCAGAACCACAGCAAGCUGAGUGCCGACUCUGCCUACAGCAGUCUAAAUCGCAAAUGUUCCAACCAUGGACGCAGCACGAACGAUGUAGGAUCCAGAAUCGAGCAGGAACCAUUGCUAAAGCACGGGGAUGCUGAAGUUACACCGGGAAAAUUGAAGAUGUCUAAGUUUUGCCACGAGUGCGGAUCUAGAUUUCCCGAACCAGCGAAAUUCUGUUGUGAAUGUGGUGUCAAGAGGCUUGUUCUCUGAGCAAGCGGUCAGAGUUUUGAACUUGAAAAUACAAACCAUCUUCUCUUCCUGAGAAACCUGCUGGAUAUCUCCAACGGUUUCUCACCUGGCCUUGUCACCCUCUUGGUGCCGAAGCUACACACAUACAUAGAGCAUGCAUGGUAAACUAGAAGGUAUACCGAUCACGCAUGGAAUAUAUGUAAUAAUAAAUCCGUUCUCUUCAACACACAAUCGGGCGUGCCUCCCCACAGUUUUUCUCAAAUAAUUUUUAUCACGGGUCAAGAGAGUAAAAAAUACUAAUUUCCAAGCCUGCGUCAAUCGCUUGUGAUAAAACGAGAUAACCAUUCACUACACGUGUUACUUAUACGUAACGGUUGUUAGUGUAUCUAAAUUUUGCUAGUCGGCCUUAAAACAUUUGACAUUUUGCUAUAAUAAUCAUUAUGCCAGAUGGGCAAUUGAGGAUAUGGACCACAUCCAAUUCGAGGCAUGUGCGAUUAGAAAUUUUUAUAUCUUUUCGCACGUAAUAUAGUAAUUUAAAAGUUCCGAUUUGUAUUUUUAUACUUAACUACUUACUGUCAGUCGUUAUUCUGAAAUCAUGUGGAAAUGUGUUGAGCAAAUUCUGUUGUUCGAGUAAAUAAUACGUCGUAAAUUAGAUAUUUCCUUAAAAAUUAAGGAAUGAAUGCACCGAUCACAUAACAUCAUGUGUAUUACUGUUGGUUUUCAGUUGGCGUUUAUUUGAUUGGAAAACGAUAUUCCAAUUUAUGAUAACGCAAAUUCUAACUCACACCUCCGUGUGUGGAUUUUAUUGAUAUUGAGUUUUCCCCCUUGCAAUAACAUUAUUGAGCGAUUGAGACAAUCAUUUAUGCACCGCGCGUCAUGUAAGUCGAACGGUAUCACUAGUUUGUUGAAAUGUCACCAUUUUUGGUUUUUGUUAAAAAUGUAUGUCGCUAAGUUUAUCAUAUUUUAUGUGAACAUUUUUUUUAAAUAAUUUAUUUAGCGCGUGAAGGGUGACUGUUGUGUAACACUUAUUUAUGCAAAUUAGUCGUGUUAUUUUCGAUUAAUUUUUUUGUUGAUUUUAAUCGUUUAAUUAUAUAGUUUACAUAUUAAUCACCCAUAUACUCACACUUUAUUGUUGAAAUGAUUUCAUAAACCAGCUAGAUUUAUCGUAAUCAUAAUAAUAAUUUUUCUGUACUUAUAGGCAAAAUAAAUUAUUAUUCCAUGCGAAUACGAGUCACAUCGUUAUGAUUGAAUAUCCAGAUGGCAGUUUCAAGUUUUAAUCAUAACUUUCGAAAUAUAAAUAUUGCUAGCCAUUGAUUAUUCAGAGAUUAUUCAUGUAUAAAACAAAUAAACUAGCUACUUUCUCUGUCAUUCGAGCAAUAUGUGCUUGACUGCGACAUAACAUUAUUAUAAAAUAGGUUUAGAGCUUCAAACUGAAAUUGUUGAAUCAUGAAAGAGAACGAACAAGCUGCUUCAAUUUCUGUUUACGUUGUUCUCGAACUACCAAGUUUCAAAGAGUAUGCCCGAUGUUUCAAGAAUAAUAUUUAUCAUGAAACAUCCUCUAUAAUUCACUAAAAAUAUUGAAAUAUUUAUACUAUUUAUAAAUUGCAUGAUUAUCAUUCCUAUAGUUCAUAACAAGACUGACUUUGCACAUAUGUAACCAAAUUUAUUACUAGUAUGUACUGUAACUGAGAAUGGGCAGCAAAUCGUCGCGCCUGAGGUACGAGUUAUGCAGAUAGAAAAAUCCUUGAACUUAAAUCAAGUUACUGAAUUUCGAUUUAGGCACUAGGAUAUAUGUCUGUGUAGUUGUACAAAUACUAAAACACUGAUACAACUGUAACGAAUUUAACCUAACCCGUGAGUUGUAUUUUUUCAAGUGCAAUAAAGUAAUAUGCUUAUA